AUGCAGAACAAAAACGGUUGGUUUCUACCUUUCAUUCUUUCAUUUCACAUAUACAUUUUCAGCGGGUUUUGCGACUAAUUAACAAGUUUCAGACGUUCAUUUGGUCUACAGAGGCAACGACUGUCAAGUUCUGAAAAUAAGUCAUGACAAAACAUGUUUAGAACGCGAAUUUGCUUCCGAAAUGACUCAUGACGUGCAGGUCUGCCGGUUCAUACAAAAAGGAGAGAUCAUUGCGUUUGAAGUGGGUCAAACACUCGGUUUUCCGCUUUUGAUAGAAGUUCACUUUGCAGGUUUCAAUAUACGGGAAAAAUAAGCGAGAGGGCGACUUCAAAUUGAUUAUAGAACCUGCCAGAUCGAAAAAAAGUGAUAAGAGGGGCGAUAACUUGCCUCACACGCCUUACGUAAUCGAGCCGCCAUCCGUUUGGAUUGGCAAUCCUCAGAGGGGAGUCUUCAAGUUUAUGAUCAAGCUUGAAAAUGGCUAGUGUUCCACAAUCGCAUUUCUAAAAAAGUGACUCUUUAGAAUCGUUGUUGAUGAGAAUGGAUGAGGACAAAGAUUGGUUCAGUGUGCUCUAUUUUCCGAGAACUAUUGACUACUACAAUAUCAAAAUGAGUUUGUGCAAAACUGUGAGAACAGUUGCUGUCGGGAAAGUAGUUACUGACAAUUCUUCAAACAAGACUCCUCUUCCAGCCGAUAAGACAGUAAGUUUUUCACUGAAAAUCAAAAUUGGUUUCAAUUCUCAGAAAAAAAGCGAAUCCACACUCAUGGAGCCCGUCUGCUUGUGCCGAAUAAAACCUUUCUGA